AUUCCCAUUUCCAAGGAACCAAAAGGUCCCUGCAUUGAGUCUCGACUCUGUUUCAUGUCCAAGUCACAUUAACAACCCACUCCCCACCCCGCUCCCCUAGUAAGCCUGAAACAAUGUCCGACAGAGCGAAGCGUCGUGUUGAAGCCAUUGGCAACCAGCUCUCUGGGAGCUCCAUCCCGGCCAUUCACAAGGUCGCGCCCAGUGGACCUCGAGUUGCCGGCAAAGUGGUCAUCGUCACUGGCGCAAACUCCGUCCUGGGCAUCGGCCGGGCCUCGGCGCACCAGUUCGCCGAGCACGGCGCCAGGGCCGUGUACCUGUGCGACUACGAUGACAGCAACCUCGAGGCGCACAAGCGCGAGAUCAACUCGCUGUGGCCCAAGGUCGACGUCCACACGCGCAAGUUCGACGCGGCCGACGAGAAGGCGGUGAAGGAAGUGGUGGACGACGCGCUCGCGCGGUACGGCCGACUCGACGUCUUCUUCGCCAACGCCGGCAUCGUCGGUCCCCACGCCGUGUUCACCGACAUUGACGCCGACGACUUUAUGAACGUCUUGCGUGUGAACUCCCUCAGCGUCUUCCUCGCAGCCAAGCACGCCGCCCCGGCGAUGCAAAAGACGUCGGCCGACAAGCCGAAGCCGUCGGGCAGCAUCAUCGCGACGGCCUCGGUCGCCGGGCUGCGGUCCAACGCCGGCAGCACGCCUUACUCGGCGUCCAAGGCGGCGGUGGUGUCGAUGGCGCAGACGGUGGCGUACCAGCUGGCGGGCACGGGGGUGCGGGUCAACGCGCUGUGCCCGGGCCUGAUCGAGACGGGCAUGACGGCGGUCGUGUUCGACGCGGCGCGGGCGCGCGGCACCGACGGCAAGAUCGGCCAGCUCAACCCGCUCAAGCGCGCCGGCCACGCCGACGAGAUCGCCCGCGUCGCCCUGUUCCUCGGCAGCGACGAGAGCAGCUACGUCAACGGGCAGGCCUGGGCCGUGGACGGAGGGCUGAGCGCCGGGCAUCCGUACGUGCGGGGGAGGUUGGGCUGAAGAUGGACAAUAGGGGGUUGAGAGGGGGGAGAGAGUACGCGAUGGAACGAGGUGGGUCUAAAGGAUAUUCACAAUAUGUAUCUAGUGUAUGACCUCUGCGUACAAGCCUAUAUCCCGUGUAUUGCUAUCUCCUGGAAAAUAUAGCGCUCGCAUUUGUUAAGAAAGGCAAGUAAAAUG